AUGGCAACUGCGAAUUCUUUUGCCAUGUCAACGCCGUUGAGUGAUGUGCAUCCUGCGAGUCGCCCCGCGCCGCGAAGACAAUCCUAUGCUCAGACAUUCCAUGACAACCCACUCGGUCAACUCAGUGACGCGCAGCUCGAAGAGGAUGCUCGGAAAUUCGUCAGAGAGUUCCUAUUUGUCGACGUCAAGCAGCUCAUUCGCGGCAUGCUCGUGGCGAAAGACCCUCGGCUGUACGAAGUUGCCGCGCGCAGUUCCGACCCUGAAGCAAGCCACGGUCUUCCAGUCAAGCUGAGUGAUGACGAGAAGAAGGCUCUGCGUCGGGAGCGCGAUGUUCCGCUCGGCGAGCGUGGCGUCUGGACCAUCAUAGCGACGGUCUCUCUGGCUGCUUUUCUACAAGGUAUGGGCCUCAAGGCUGUCAGCACACCGAUUCUUGCCAGUGAGACUGCCGUUGGCUUGUGGCGAGGCACGUCAAUCCUAGCAUGGCAGCUCUGGGUGGCCUGUGGAAUCGCCAUCGGAUUUGCCUUCAACCUCAUAUUCAGCACAGCCAAGACAGACAAGAUCACGUUUGCACUCAUCAUGGCUGCACCAGCCGUGCCCUCGUUGGCUCUCUUCAUCCUGGUCAUCUGGUUCUGCGACGAGAGCCCGCGCUACUUGUUGCGUGAGUCCAGUCCAAACUACAACCCUAAAAGGGCGUACGAAAUUAUCCGCAAGCUGCGGAGCACAGAGCUCCAGGCGCUGCGCGACAUUUAUCUGUUGCAAAAGUCCAUCGACAGGGGCGAGCCCCUGUACCAGCAGCUCCUUCGAGUGCGGCGGCUGCGCAACGCGCUCGUCAGCAGCUCGAUCGUCAACCUCAGCCAGCAGCUCUGCGGUAUCAACGUGCUCGCCUUUUACUCGGGCACGCUCUUCAGCCGGGCGGGCACGAACCGGGCGACGGCGAUGCAGUACAGCCUCGGCAUCGGAGCGGUCAACUUUGUCUUUUGCCUGCCGGCGAUCCGCACCAUCGACACGUUGGGCCGGCGCAAGUGGCUCAACCUGACGCUGCCGCUCAUGGCGGCAUUCAUGGCGGCGGCGGCGCUCUCGUUCAAGGCGCCGGACGGGGCCAAAGAGCCGCUUGUCACCGUGUGGCUGUUUCUGUUCGCGGCGGCAUACAGCCCUGGUUUAGGGCCGAUCCCGUUCACAUACGCAUCCGAGAGCUUCCCCUUGUCACAUCGCGAGGCGGGAGCGGCGUUCGCCAUUGCCGUGAACCUCGGCUUCGCGGGCCUGCUGUCCAUGUUCUACCCGAGUAUUAACUCGAGCCUGAAGGACGCCGGCGCACUGGGGCUAUUUAGCGGGCUCAACGUCGUCGCAUUCGUGCUCGUAUUCUUCCUGCUGGAGGAGACGAAGCGGCGGAGCCUCGAGGACCUCGACACAGUGUUUGAGCACUCCAAGAGGGACUUUGCCAGGCACCAGGCGGCCAGGGUGGCGUGGUUCUUCAGGCGGUGGGCGCUCGGCAAGCGUGAAGCGAAACCCAGCAUUGGUUACCUCGAGGGUGACGGGCGCAAGCCGGGGGCCGAAGCAUCACGAACGUUGGGGGGUACGCAGGGCGAGGUGGUAGAGGUUGAGAACAGUGAAGCGACGAGGAGGGAAGAGAUUGGCGAUUUGUACUGGUGA